AUGGCAGUUGUUGCACAAGCCGUCAGCCCGUCAUCCUCCUCUUCCACCGCGUCAACUCCCUUGGGAAGCACUUCAAACAUGCCCUUGGGAAUCAAAACUCCCGACGGAAUUAGCAGUGUCGUUAGCAGCUCGAGCAGCUUUCCAGUCAUCGCCAAAGCGGACAUGAUGACUAUCUUGGCAGAUAUUGCAUUUCAUCACAUUGAAAUCUACGAAGCCAUUGGUACGGCGUUGAUAAUCAAUGGCCGGGCCGAAUACUUCCAAACCGUGGACAGGGUUGUCUUGGCAAUAUCUGCAAUGUUUAUCUCAUUCAAGCUAAUCAACCGCGAACUCGAGCUUCACAGCCCAGACAGGCUCAAAUCUCUGAUCUGCGCGCUCAGUAUCUUGUCUGGCGACGGUAGUAACCUACCAAUGGCCUCUAGGCCAAACUGA